AUGCUAAUUCAAACAGUGUUUUUCUCAUCGUUGUUUGCUGCGCUCUGUGUCGCCUUCAAUCCCAGUCGAUUCAUGGCGAAACCGCCUAAUUCUAGUCAGUAUGACUACGAAACCCGGUACUUUGAUGUUUUGGAUCCCCAACAUUUCGGUUAUCUGACGGCUGAGCAGGCUCUGGCUGAUUAUGCAUCCCUAGUUGAUUAUCUGAAGUCUUCAGUUGGGAAUUUUGGAAAUUCACCAGUGAUCGCUUUCGGCGGCUCAUAUGGUGGUAUGCUCUCGGCUUGGCUCCGGUACAAGUACCCCAAUUUGAUCGCAGGUGCCAUUGCUGCAUCUGCUCCUAUAUGGCUGUUUCCGAAUAUGUCCAAUUGUGCGGGAUUCUACGACACAGCGACUCGUGCGUUCUCCACAUCAGGGAGCACGGCUUGCACAAAGAACGUCGCCUUAGUGUGGGAUUCUAUACGCAAUGUCGCCAAGCAGCACCGAACGGUGGCACUGCUUAAAUCUUGGAGAAACAUUCCAACCAGCCCUGAACAUAACUUGAUGCGACCAAUUAUCAGACGUCAAGUGAAGACUUCCGGUGGUAUGAGAGUGUGCGGAGAGCUCUCCAAGAGCUUCCGUACACAAAGCGGUGUCCGUCAGGGAUGCCCACUCUCUCCAUUCCUUUUCAACUUUGUGAUCGAUGAAAUAAUGAGACGAACGCUGGAGGGUCUCCAAAACCCUGGUGUUCGAUUAGCCUGUGAAGAAAACCUUGUCGAUCUGGAAUAUGCAGACGACAUCGUUCUCGUGUUCGAAGAGGCGGAGAAGGUGCAAGUAUUCUUGGAGGAACUGACCAAAGUUAUCCCGUCCUUUGAUUCUGGACAUGAAUUACUUCGCUUGAUGUUCCAGUUAUGUGACCCCUUACCUGAUGAACAGAAGCUAAUUGAUUAUCUUAUUGACUUCCUGGGUACUUUGGCCAUGGUGAAUUACCCCUACGAGGCCUCAUUCAUUGGUACAUUUCCUGGGGAACCUGUCAAAUACUUCUGUAAAGAACUCUCCGAUACGAUUGACAGAAAUGUGGAUGUGGACAUUGUGCAACGUGUUGCCACCGCCGUACGAAGUCUAACCAACUAUACAAAAAAUCAGUCCUGCAUUUCGGUUGAGGGAGAUCUUCCGGGACUAGAUGCCAAAGCAUGGACGCUUCAGACAUGCUUGGAAAUGACGACAUCAAUGUGUUCCAAUGGGGACGGUAUGUUCCCUUCAAUAGAGUGGGAUCCAGUGGUAUUCUCUCAAUCCUGUUUCGACAAGUUCGCUGUUCGACCUCGUAUAAACUGGUCUGCAGUUGAGUUCUGGGGAAAGAACAUCAAAACUGCUACUAACAUCGUGUUUAGUAACGGGGAUUUGGAUCCCUGGUCCGCCUUCGGGGUUCUAACGGACGACCAGGCUCCGGGGUGCAACGUCAUUCGCAUACCUUCCGGAGCGCAUCACCUUGACCUGCGAGCGAAAAAUGAACUUGAUCCGCCGGACGUCGUUGAUGCAAGGCAACGCGAGCUGCAGCACAUCAAGAGCUGGAUCGAUGAGUGGCAUGCCCAACCGAGGAACCUGCCCCGUAACCAAAUGAAUGUGGACGUGUUUUAUUAUUCCAAACUUCGUAAUGAUGCCGAAUUUUUCUAAAGAACACACCAUGCAUUAACUUUAGUUGUCAUUUUAUCUUCAUUUGGAUUCAUAAAAUCAUUUGAAGUUUGAGGGAUGUAUAUGGAACGUUGACCUGUC